AUGAAAACUGUUAAUCUCAAGAAGCUGCUUAUAAUACUCUCUGCCAUUGCGCUGAGCGCUGUAUCUGGGCAGCCAUCGGUAGCCCGAUCUGAUGCUAACUGUGAUUUCAUAAACAGAAGUAUCUAUUGCUUUGGUGGUGUCCCUGCAGUUGGUGAUAAUACAUUGCCAGACAAUACAGUCAUGAUGAUUGAUCUUACCUUUUGCAAUGAAAAUACCGCACAAGAGAUCAAAGACAAAUGGGUUACAGAAGCGCCAAGAGCAGAACGAGUAGACAUUCUGCCCCGAUCCCAUGCUCAAGGUAUUGCUCUUCCAGAUGGACACCAAUUUCUUCUCAGUGGUGGCUUUAACAAUGGCUCUGGGCCUAUUGCUGAUCAAACGAUUGUUUAUAAUGUAUUCACACAGAAAUGGUCGAAAUACGCAAACUUCGUUGAUGGAUCGUUUGGGAACAGACAAAUGUACAACACUACUUUAUGUAUGGUUGCAUACUACGCUUCAACCGUAGAUGUACCUAAUGUCGGUAUUGGGUUUUACGGUGGUUUCGAGCAAAACAUCAAUCGUAGUUGGACAAUGGGAACAGGCCAGAAUUUGACCAAAGCAGAGUUCAACGGAGGAUCAUCAAGAACAAUUGGUUAUCCAAAGAUGACAUUUCUCGACCUGAGCGAUUCCUUCUCACCUUGGAGAGUGCCUUCACAAAGUAGAGUCCCUACCGUGUAUAGUGCUCACCAAAGUUCUAUCUAUGAUAAAGAAUCCAAGAAUAUAUAUUUCUUUGGUGGAGAGUACUAUAAUAUUGAUGAUCCUCUGCAUGACCAACCUACGGCCAUCGAGCACACUUUCAAUUACUCUCUAUUCUACAAUGUAGAGACUCAUACCUGGGGAAAUCAAACAUGGGGAGGUGCUAAACCGAGCUCAAGAAAGUAUCAUACUACGACUCUUUUGUCAUCCAAAAGAGACGUCUUGCUUUACGGUGGUGAAAGCAAAGAAGGAGCUGUCUCUGACUUUUGCUACGUAUUGAAUCUCGAUACUAAACAAUGGGUUCAGCAAGCAAUUGAAGCAUCCUUGGCUACUAAAUACAUCAGAACUAGACAUUCAUAUGUUAUGGAAGAGGACAGUAAUACAUUAUUCAUUCUAUUCGGAAAGAAUAAUGCAACAAUAGCUGUCAACGAUAUCCUGAUGCUGAAUACUACCGACCCCAAGAACAUAAGCCUUUAUGAGACAUACCAUGAUCCAAUGACAUGGGAUCUUGGAGAGACAUCUAUCGAUGCUUCCUCUAAUACUGCUCUCAUUGUUGGUAUCUCCGUUGGUGCGACAGUAGCGGGCAUUGUUCUUGUUGGACUCAUCAUUUAUUUUUGGCGUAAGCGACGUGCUAGCACAAAGAGUGUUAAUACCCAAAAGACACAAUGGAUUCAAAAAGCAGAGGCUUCUGCGAAUCAUUUGCCAAAAGACCAAAUGCCUGCUAGUACCCAAAGGGCACAAUGGAUUCAAAAAGCAGAGGCUCCUGCAAAUCAUUUGCCAAAGGACCAAAUGCCUGCUAGUAGUAAACCUGAUACUCGCUACUCAUACAUGGUAUCGCGCCCAAGCUUGCAAGAUGAUGAGGCCACUUUGAUAGGCUUUAAUGAUGCUUCUGCUGCUUCGAAUCGCCAAGGGGCUAAAGUCUUGAAACAUUAA